GAAUUUUCGAGAUCCAAAAAUUCAUGGAUUCAGAAAUAUCGAAACCAAAAAGUUCUGUAUUAUUUUGUAGCGAGUGUGGCAAUUUACUUAAUAUCGAUGGAGAAGACAUGGUUACUUGUAAUUCGUGCAUGUUCAAACGUGUUACUACCGAGUUCGAAGAUAUUGUAAUCACAACUAAAAGUAACCCAAAAAACUUUCCAUCAAAAUUACGUUUAAAACGAUCGAGAAUAAAACAACUUGAUGUAGAUAAAGAAGAAAGUGCCUCGAUUAAAGAAAAGUGUCCAAACUGUGGUAAUGAAGAGAUGAAUUAUCAUACAAUGCAACUUCGUUCGGCCGAUGAAGGUCAAACAAUCUUUUAUAAUUGCACUAGAUGCGG